UAAUAAAAACGUUACAGCCUUUAUGAGACAAGAGGCGAGAGUGAGUUUAUUACCCAGGAAAAUGAUCUCCAACAUACUGCCAUAAUAAACAUAAUGCCACACCUACUUUAUCAAAGAAAAUUUAGAUUUUAAACUUGGCUAAAGAGAUCAUAGAUACGGUAUACUCGUGUAUUUGUUAUAUUUCAUAUUAUCAGAGGCUAUUCAACAUUUAGGACAAUGUUGCCAUCUGGUGGCAAAAGCUGUUCAUAAGCGCAGGCUGCAGCAGAGGUACCGGUCAGACCAGACAGUGCAGGUUUUCAGUGGCAGCCAUGUUAGCUCCACAGUCACCAAUGCAGAAUAUAGUAAUAUUGAAAAAAAAAACACAUUUUGUAUUUAUUUUAGGAUGAAUUCAACACAUGGAAGUAGAUGUUUACCAUUCAGACUGAGUGUUCAGUAAAUAUUGUGUUUAGCACAGAAUACAAACACAGUGAAGGCAAGUGAAAAUAAUACACUGUUCAUAAUUUCACCUGCUUUUAUGUGUGUUAGUGUGUAAGGAAGGGGGAAAUAGUGUUUAUGCAUAGCACAUUUUCCCAUAAUUGCAUUCAUAUUGUAUUAUUUUUAUGUUAUUUCAUCGUGCAACCGAGAUGAAAAUUCAUUACAAACAGGGAUUAUGUAUCUAUUUUGUAACUAAAAUCUAUAAACACACAUGACAAAAAAAAGGUUAACAUAUAAUUUAAAACAAAGUCAAAGUUUUACUGUGAUCUAACUUGCACUACAUUUCCCAUAAAGCCCCGGCAGUCGUUGUUGUACGCGUUGCUUUAGCACGACUGCUGCUGCCUUUGCAGAUUUAUAUACAAUACACACAGAGACCGACCAUGCCUGCUACAUGCACAGAGGGAAAUCCAGAUGAUUUGUGCAGCUGCUAAAACGCGUUGCCGCUGCUGAAUGUAACCUCGGUUUAUAUUUGGCUUAAAGGAGACGCAACAAAGCGCACAAGAUGGUUGCGCUCCAGGCCUGGGCGAAUAAGUAGGUUUACUAUAGCUUUAAGAACGCCAAAAUAGUGGCUGCUUCUUUAAAAAAUAUAUCGGUUUAUUGCUGAAUAGAUAAUUAAGAAAAGUUUUCAAUUUCUAAUCAAUAAAUUGAUGCAUGUGAUUUGCGACGAACCCAACGCAUUCACAGAAAAUGCCCCACUGUUGGAUAAAGGCCUCUUGCAUUCAAAACGUCUUUAGUCUUUAAACCAGAUGUGGUGCGCUUCUGCUCAAUUUGCAAGUGAACCUGCUUGCCUUUCUGCGGAUUUACAGACCGGCUGAAGAGUCCUCAAGGUGAUGGAACCGACCGGCGACCGAACCGGGGAUGUAAAUAAAGGUGAGGAGCCGGCGGAGGACAAGGCCGCACAGCAGACCCCGGCCACCAGUACGGCCGUUACCCCGCGCAGGGGGCUCAGGGAGCGGGGAGCGGGCCGCCCGAGGUCCGGCGUCUCCUCCGCUUCAUUAACGGACGUUAACGGGACUGCGCAGAGCUCGGGACGGGUUUUAAGGGACCGGUCAACGAGGGCAGUGCCGGCUUGGCUGAAGGACAGCAAAAGCGACGACGAUGAAGACGAACCGAGCCCGGACACCGGCUCGACCAAGCGGAGGAAAGUUUCCAACUCCCGGCGGAAGAAACAGUCAGAGUCGGCGGGCUGGGUCGAGCCUGGAGGGGGGGUCGCAGGUGACAGCCUUCAAGCCACAGACUCAGAGGACCCCAAGAAACCAGCCACAGAUGCUCAAGCUCUUCCCUCCAGACGCCCCCCAGCCCAGACUGGAGCCAAGCCCCAGUCUGGCAGGGCCGCCCGCAGCUCUGCCAAGCCUGUGUGUAAGACAGAGCCUGGAACGGAGAAUCAAGCUGCAGAAGGGGAGGCAAACAAUAAAGAGAAGUAUGAAAUUAAAAAGAAAGAGGAGGAAAGUGAGCAUGUUGCUGAACCAGUCCUGGGUGAUAGAGACCCUCCUUUUCAGGAUGACCCCAACGACUUAAACUACCAGCCACAGAGUCAGAGUGCUGCGGAGGAAGAAGAGGGACUCAGCAGUGACGAUGAUGUUCCUUUUAGAGAUGACUUAAAUGAUCAGAGCUACGACCCCAAGGCUGAAAGGGAUGUCCCCAAACCAAAGCGCAGACCUCCUCCUAGACAGAAGGAGAAGAAAGAAAAGGACAAGGCACCUAAAAAAGAGAAGGAAGUUGCUGAGAUUAAGAUAGAAGGUUCAGACAACGUGGAGAAAGUGGAAGAGGAAGUGAAGCUGGAGGAAGAAAUAGUGGAGGACCCUGAUGGACCCAGGAAGAGAGGCCGGAGGAAAAAAGAUGACAAAACCCCACGGCUGCCAAAAAGAAGGAAGAAGCCCCCAGUGCAGUAUGUGCGCUGUGAGAUGGAGGGAUGUGGCACAGUUCUGGCUCAUCCUCGCUACCUGCAGCAUCACAUAAAGUACCAGCACUUGCUCAAGAAGAAAUACGUCUGUCCUCAUCCUUCUUGUGGAAGGCUUUUCCGUCUACAGAAGCAGCUACUUCGUCAUGCAAAACACCAUACAGACCAGAGAGACUACAUCUGUGAGUUCUGUGCUCGUGCCUUCAAGAGCUCCCACAACCUGGCUGUGCACCGCAUGAUCCACACCGGAGAGAAGCCCCUCCAGUGUGAGAUCUGCGGCUUCACCUGUCGCCAGAAGGCGUCUCUCAACUGGCACAUGAAGAAGCAUGAUGCUGAUGCCACCUAUCAGUUUUCCUGCUCCAUUUGUGGUAAGAAGUUUGAGAAGAAGGACUGCGUGGUGGCCCAUAAGGCCAAGAGUCACCCAGAGGUUCUAAUUGCUGAGGCACUCGCAGCCAAUGCUGGCGCCCUCAUCACAACCCCUGCAUCCUUACUGGAGCUGCCAGGAAACCCCAUACAAGCAGAAGUCACCAGCCUGGAAAUGAGCCAAAUAGGGCAGGUGGAACCAAUGAGUCAGGAAGGGCAAGUUGGGCAGCAAGUGGCUCAGGUGUCCCAGAUGGGUCAUGUGACCCAACAAGUGAGUCACCAGGUGGUUUUACUGGGACAAGACCAGAGCCUCCAUACCAUGCAGGUGCCAGUGACGAUCGCCCUGUCCCCCAUUGACCCCCCUUCGCCAGCUGACAACCAGCAGCAGACUCACCUCCAGCUACAGAUGCCCGUCCAGUUCGUGCAGCCACAGCAACCCCAAAUACAACAACUGACCCUCCAUUCUGGUGCAGUGGUGACCCAGCAACAACCCCAGCUUCAUCCCCUUCAGUCCUAUUCCUCACAGCAGCACAGCCACGGGCAGACACAAAUCCUACAAAUGACCUUCCAGCCGGUCAGCCAGUCCCAGACCCAUAUUCAGCAGAUUCCCAUUUUAGCAACCUCACAGCAGCUUCAGACCCUGCAGACAGCCGCCCCAAGCCCUCCUCUCCUAUCCCCCUCCCAGAAUCCAGCCUGCACCAACGGGGACAGCUUUAUUCUGGACAAUCCGGUGCUCUCUUCCUCCUCUCCGUCGGUCAACUCUCUUCAGCACACAGUGGCGGUGGGGGAGGACAGUGUGGUCUGGGAGCAGACAGGACAAGAGGACGUUCUGUCUGACAGCACUGAGAGACACGUGCAGGAGGCCCUCAUGUAA